UUUCUGUUCUCUCUCAUCUCAUGUCAUCCAACUCUUUGCUCUCGCCCCUUUGUUUUCCAUCUCAACCAAAAAUCGAACCGAAGAGCAUCAAUCAACCAUGGCUACGGUGUCCUCAGUGACAGUGGGCAAAUUAGCACCAUUGUUGAGGCCAACAAGAACAGCAUGCUCCUCCUUCUCUAUCUCUAAAAUGGGUUUUCAUUUUAAGGCAAUAGGGAACACUGUGACUGAGUCAGUGGUACCCACAAGAAAGUUCGUGGUUCGAGCUGCUAGAACCCUCUCCCAAGGCCCCUCCUUAGGCUUCAGACCCCCACAAUUUCAGCUUCCAGAGCCACUUACUGGGAAUGUGUGGAAUUUGGAUGAUUUUGAAACAUAUCCUGCUUUACUGGUUAUGUUUAUUUGCAACCACUGCCCAUUUGUUAAACACUUGAAAAAGGAUAUUGUGAAGCUAACAAAUUUUUAUAUGAAGAAAGGACUUGCAGUUGUUGCAAUAUCUUCAAAUUCUGUAGCUACUCACCCACAGGAUGGACCACAAUUCAUGGCAGAAGAAGCUAAACUAUUUAAUUAUCCUUUCCCAUAUUUAUAUGAUGAGUCACAGGAUGUUGCACGAGAUUUUGGAGCAGUUUGCACCCCGGAGUUCUUCCUAUUCAAAAAGGAUGGUAGGAGGCCAUUUGAGCUAGUAUAUCAUGGCCAAUUUGAUGAUUCCCGACCAAGUAAUAAUGUACCUGUAAAUGGAAGGGACCUAAGCCUGGCAAUAGAUUGUGUUCUCAGUGGACAACUGGUACCAUCAGUUCAGAAACCCAGUGUUGGAUGCAGCAUAAAGUGGCAUCCCGAGACAAAUGUGUGACUGCUAGUUUCAAGUUCAUGGAGACAAUUUAGUUAUGCAGAUAAUAGUUUUCAAGGUAUUGUGACUUUAAUUUAAUGGCUUAAAACCCUUUUGAUGUCUCAUGUUCUUUCUCUUGAUCUUUGCAGUCUUCCCGCUCUAUCAUGCUAUAUUUCACAAGGUGUGGAAGGCAAGGAAUGUUGUAAUAUGUGAUACUUUUUUUUCCCUAAUCAUAUGAAAUGUAAAUUACAUUUGUAAUAUAUGUCAAUUGUGCUUCCCAAUAUGAGUAAUUUUUUUUGGGUGAGAAGCUGUUACAUGAAA